GUGAUGAAAUUUUAAACUUUUAUUUCCCUAGCAAGGGCCAAGGGAAAAUGUACUGCACCCCUGCCUUGGCACCAAUAAACCAAUUAUGUUCAGAACUUCCUUUGGGCUAAUUACGGUUGCCCACAUUUUUAUGUGUCUCAUACCAGUUGGAUUCCCAUCUUUUCUCAACAAUAAAAGUGAUGAAAAAACAAUUUUUCAAUCUGAAUUCUGGCAAAACUAUUAUGGGGAGAGGUACCUCCAUUUUCCGGAGUCAAAACGCCUUGAAGCAAAAGAAGACGCUCGGAACAUGUUCUACUUUGGAUAUGACAACUAUAUGAAGUAUGCUUUUCCCCAAGAUGAACUAAACCCGAUUGCUUGCUGUGGCCGGGGACCUGAUCUCAUGAAUCCAUUGAAUUUGAACAUCAACGAUGUCUUGGGUAAUUUUUCUCUUACACUUAUUGACUCACUGGACACGAUUGCCAUCAUGGGUAACUCCAGCGAAUUCAAACACGCAGUUGAAGUUGUUUUAAACCAAGUUUCAUUUGAUCUUGAUUCAACGGUUCAGGUUUUUGAAACCAACAUCAGAGUUCUAGGUUCCUUAUUAUCUGCCCACCUUAUAAUAUCUGAUCCUCUCCAACCAUUUGGAGACAUGCGCCCUCAUGAUUAUAAUGGUGAACUCCUCUCCCUUGCUCAUGAUCUUGCUGUGCGGUUACUUCCAGCUUUUGAAAACACAAAAUCUGGAAUCCCAUAUCCAAGGGUUAAUUUACGUCACGGUCUUCCUAAUUCAACAAUCACACACACUGCUACAGCUGGUGCAGGAUCACUUCUGCUCGAGUUUGGAACCCUCAGUCGAUUAAUUGGCGAUCCCACGUUUGAAAAUGUGGCACGCCGCGCAAUGCAUGAACUUUGGAUGAGAAAAAACUCAGAUACAGGAUUGCUUGGUGUUGCUAUAGAUGUUGUAACAGGAGAGUGGAUGGGAAAACAAAGUGGUGUAGGGGCUGGGUUAGAUUCAUAUCUUGAAUAUUUGUUAAAGGCUUACAUUUUAUUUGGAGAGAAAAGAGACCUUGAUGUGUUCGAUGAAGCGUUACAAAGCAUCAAAGAACAUCUGAGGCGAGGACGUAAGCAUUGCAACAGUGGUUCAGGCGACCCCCCUAUUUAUGUAAAUGUUGAUUUAUCAAAUGGAAUGAUGAUCAACACGUGGGUGGAUUCAUUGCAAGCAUUCCUACCUGGAUUAUUGGUUCUUAAUGGCGAUAUAGAGGAAGCUAUAUGUUGCCAUGCGUUGUACUAUGCAAUAUGGAAGCGUUACGAGGCAUUACCUGAGCGUUAUAACUGGAGAUUAAAAGCUCCAGAUGUAAGGUUCUAUCCACUUCGACCUGAGUUUAUAGAGAGCACUUAUCUACUUUACAGGGCCACAAAAAAUCCUUUCUACCUCAACGUGGGCCGUGAGAUACUUGAUUCGCUCGAGCGACACGCCAAAACUGAAUGUGGUUACGCCUCGCUGCACAAUGUGCUCGACAAGACGCAAGAGGACAGAAUGGAAUCUUUCUUCCUCAGUGAAACGUGCAAGUAUCUUUACCUGUUAUUCGAUUUUGAAAACCCACUUCACAAAAGCAGUGGUAUGCUGAGUGUCUUCACCACAGAAGGUCAUUUGCUUCCUGUCAAUCUAAAGAAACCUUGGGAGUCUGACUUCGACUUCUGUUAUGCAGGAACAACUGGCAAUAAAACAACUUCUAAGUCCAAACGGCAAUGUGAAUUCAUUCCACUGGAACGCAGAUUUUCGCUCCCACUGCGUCGUGACUACCUUCGUCAAGUGCAUGAGAUGGUGGGAGGGGUCACGUGACAUAACGUGGGGAUAAAUGGUCACUGUUACAACACAACCACUAAAUAUGAACCCAUAUAUCGUCCCAUUGACUUGAAAUUGUUCCAAAAACUAAAACCGCCCUCUCAAAAACCUUAUCAUUUUGUUGAAGAAUUUUGUUCAAACCCUACCAAAGUAAUCUACCUAUCAAUGGUGUUAGUGAGUCUCAUACAUGCUUGUUGGCAUCUUAUACAACAGUACUGCUGAAACAUAUUUCGAAUCCUGGAAUUAAACUAUAUAUAUACAGUACGGUGGGAAAGAUGAGACACCUUUAUUAUAUUUUUUCAUCCCAUUUAGUAGUCAACAAAAAAACAUUCGAGGAAUUAUAAUAUACCGUUGUUUAUUGUUUAAAACAUGAUCAUGAUAUUUGGAUAUUAUGUGCUAAAGGUGUCCCAUUUUCCCCCACCCUACUAUAAUCCUUAUUAACUUUUAAGCAUUCUCUUUAAUGCAUGUAAAAGGUAUAGGUGGUUUUUCAUAUAUUAGAUGACCGUUUGUCCCCAGAAAAAGUGCAAUAUGUUGUAUAUAUUGAGUGCCUUUUUUUGUACAACUGGUAUCAGUAGUGACUUACUUUGUUCCUUGAAAUGUGACAAUUAUCGAAAAAUAAGAGGUUUAGAAGUACGUUUUUUUGCAUUAUUUUUUUUGUUUGUUUGUUAUUUGCGAAAGUUUUGUCUUUUUUUUCCCUUUACACAAUCUUGAACAAAAUACUCAUGAAAUAUAAUACGAUGUUUUUUUAAACCUAAAUCUUUUUAUUGAGGCCAAAUCUUUUAUUUAUACUAGGUUGGGUAAGAUGGUACAUUUUAUUUUAUUGUCCCAUUUGGUAGUAAACAAAGAACAUUUAAAGAAUUGUAAAAUAGUAUCCUUACGACUCUUGUUUAUCAAUAUGAAAUCUGGGACAUUAUGUGCUAAAGGUAUCCAUCUUACCCCAUUGUACUUUUACGUCUUCCGACCCUGCGUGAUAGGUCAACGUAAUGAAUAUGUGUGUUGUCGUAUCAUUAUGACGUCACAAUCGCUCUCUAUCAUCCUGUAAUGUCACACCGUGUGCAAUUCUGUUGCGGAAAUACCCGUGUUCGUUUCAAUGUCUUCUUAGUCACGUUUUUUUCUGCACGUUUUUUGAAGUGUUUGGUUUAUUUCAUUGCAGGUGCGAAUAGUGCGAAUAAAACUUAUUAUCUGA